UUCCAAUGCCACCAUCCAUGCCAUGGCCCACAGGGGCCCUCGGUCUGCUGCAUUCUAGGAGCCCCCCAGACAAAGUCAAUGCGGACCCGACCCUAAAGUCAUCAUCGCUCACUGAGGAGCACAUGGAGGAGGAAGGUAGCGGUCCGGCUAACAGUGCAGGACUGGACAGUGUCCAGGAUCGUGUAGAGGAAGAUCAGAUGGUGGAGGAGAAGCAUGGAGCGUGUGUGACGGAGGUACGGGGCGGAGGGCCGGGCUGGCGGCGGGAGCUGGCUUGCUCUCUGUGUAAGCAACUGUUUAGCAGCCUGCUUCAGCUGAGAGAGCAUGAGUACAGCCACACACUCUCGCUCAUGGCCCUGUCCCUGGACUGCCUCAACCACCACCGCCCCCUGGCGGCCGCCUCUCCGCUCGACCCUCCGCCAGCUCGCUACCAUUGCUCCCAGUGUCCCGCCAGUUUCACGCUCAAGUCUAACGCCGACCGGCACGAGAAGACCAUCCACCUGAAGAGGAAGCUAAUGCAGUGCGUCUACUGCCUCAAGCACUUUCGUGACCGCACGGAUCUGAACCGGCACCUGUCGUCCGUGCACUCCAGCGAGCGGGUGUACACGUGCCCCGCUUGCGCCCGAACCUUUAGCACGCAAAAAAAUCUGGCCACCCAUGCCAAAGUAUGCUGUCGGUCCGGCAUCUCCCCUUCUGAACAGCUUUGGCAUUUGCACGCCAUACAGAGAGACACCGGUGACCAUAUACGCAUUGAUGAUUGAUUAUCAUUUGCACAAGAUGCCAACCAAUUGCCAAAACCAGCAAUUUCACCCAGUCAUAACUUGUGUAUGAGAAUCUCAGUGUAGGCCAACCUUGUUGACUAUAUUUUUAACUUUAUGCCAGAUAUGUGUGUUUAUAUCAGCAGGUUUUUAUAUGAUUACUGUAAAGAGCCUCUUGUAUGGCAGCAUACGGCUGCUGGCACAAAUGCUAUGCAACAAGAAUACAAUGUUUCUCAUGCGCUGAAGUAUUUAAGGUCUCAGUGUAUUAAA